AUGAAACUCUCGACUGUACUUCAGCUGCCGAUGCUGCUGGCAUCCAGCCUGCUGGCCCCCGUGUCCGCCGAGCAUACGAGCAACUGGGCAGUCUUGGUCGGAACUUCGCGUUUCUGGUUCAACUACCGGCAUCUCGCCAAUGUUCUUUCCAUGUACCGAACUGUCAAGCGGCUGGGCAUCCCCGAUUCCCAGAUCAUCCUCAUGCUGCCCGAUGACAUGGCAUGCAACCCGCGCAACGCCUUCCCCGGCACCGUCUACAGCAACGCCGAUCGCGCCGUCGACUUGUACGGCGACAACAUCGAGGUCGACUACAGGGGAUACGAGGUCACGGUAGAGAACUUCAUCAGGCUACUCACCGACCGCGUCGGCGAUGAAAUGCCCAGGAGCAAGAGGCUGUUGACCGACGACAGGAGUAACAUCUUCGUCUACAUGACCGGCCAUGGCGGCAACGAGUUCCUCAAAUUCCAAGACGCCGAGGAGAUUGGCGCAUUCGACCUGGCCGAUGCCUUUGAGCAGAUGUGGGAGAAGAGAAGGUACAACGAGAUCCUCUUCAUGAUUGACACGUGCCAAGCGAACACCAUGUACAGCAAGCUAUACUCGCCAAACAUCAUCGCCACCGGGUCGUCCGAGCUCGACCAAUCUUCAUAUUCGCACCACGCUGACAAUGACGUCGGCGUGGCUGUCAUCGAUCGUUACACUUAUUACAACCUGGAAUUCCUCGAGUCUGAGGUCAAGGACCUGACCAGCAAGAAGACGGUCGGGGAUCUGUUCGACAGUUACAGCUACGAGAAUAUCCAUUCUCACGCCGGCGUGCGAUAUGACUUGUUCAAGGGUGGGGCUGAAGCAGCACGCAGCCGGCUGUUGACCGACUUCCUUGGAAACGUGCAAAACGUUGAGAUCGAUAGUGCCAGGAAUACCACUGUUGAUGAUGACAUGUUAGCCCUGAGCAAAACCAUUGCGCAGCUGAGAAUCCUCGCCGAUGCACAGGAGGCUGCCGAGAAGAACGCCAGUGAGCCAGUGCAGGAGAAGAGGCUCGAAAGGAAGAUUCCCGCGGCCAAGCCCCUGAAUGAUGACAACUGGUGGGCCAAGAAGCUCGUGGGUGCAACUGCAUUGGCGGGAUGUACUGCGCUGUGGGCUCUGGGGUCAUAUCUGGAAAAGGCAAGGUAG